AUGGACGAUCGCUACGCGGCGCAGCGCGCGGUGCUCGGCGAGGAUGCGCACGCGCGCCUGAAGGGCGCGCGGAUGCUUGUUGUCGGCGCCGGCGGUAUUGGAUGCGAAGUACUCAAAGACCUUGUUUUGCUGGGUGUCGGCCACAUUGAGAUUAUCGACCUCGACACGAUCGACCUGUCGAACCUGAAUCGCCAGUUCCUCUUCCAGAAGCAGCAUAUCCAAAAGCCCAAGGCAGAGGUCGCCAAGGCGAGUGCGAGUGCAUUCAACCCCGAGGUGGAAAUCGUCGCGCAUUACGGCAACGUCCAGGCGCCCGAGUUUGGCGUGUCGUACUACAGCCAGUUUGACGUGGUGCUGAGCGCGCUCGACAAUCUCGCGACGCGCCGCUACGUAAAUAGGAUGUGCGUCGCUGCGGACGUGCCGCUGGUCGAGAGCGGCACUGCCGGGUUCCUGGGCCAGGUCCAGCCGAUCCGUGCGGGGCACACCGAGUGCUACGACUGCACGGCGCACCCCACGCCGACGACCUUCCCGGUGUGCACGAUCCGCUCGACGCCGUCCACACCGAUGCACUGCAUCGUCUGGGCCAAGAACUGGCUCUUUCCGCAACUCUUUGGCGAGGACGACGAAAGCGGCGAUGCGGAGCUCGACCAGGCCGCCCAGAGCGGCGAGAACGCACAGGAGCUCGAGAAUCUGCGGCGCGAGGCGCACCAGAUGCGUGCGCUGCGCGCCGAGCUCGGCAAGGCGCCGCGCGAGGCGGCAGAAAAGAUCUUUGCCAAGGUGUACGACGUGGACAUCCGGCGACUCUUGAGCAUGGACGACAUGUGGGAGAAGCGCACUCGCCCAGACCCUCUGUCGCUCGAUGCGGCGCGCGCCGACACGACCGUUGCGCCACAGACCGAGGUGCUCAAGGACCGCCGCACGCUCUCGCUCGCCGACACCGCCGCCCUGUUCCUCGAGAGCGCGGUAGCACUCGCAAAGGGCGCGCAGGACGCUCCGCUUUCUUUUGACAAGGACGACGCGGACGCGCUCGCAUUCGUGACGGCCGCAUCCAACCUGCGUGCACACGUCUACCACAUUCCCCGCCAGACACAGUUCGAGACAAAGCAGAUUGCGGGCAACAUUAUUCCCGCGAUUGCGACGACGAAUGCAAUCGUGUCUGGCCUCGCAGUCGUUCAGGCAAUGCACAUGCUCGUCGCGCGCUGGGACGCGAUGCGGAUCGUGAGUGUCGCACGCCGCUCGAACCGCGUCUUUACCACGUUCCCUCCCGCGCCGCCAAACGCGGCGUGCGGCGUGUGUAGCGACAUGUACCUCGCGACAGACGUCGACCCCACGACGACGACGCUCCAGGAUAUCCUCGCGAUCGUUCGCCGCCCGACGAGCGACGGCGGUCUCGCGUACGACGACGACGCGGAGAUCUCGAUUGCGGACGGCGCGCGCAUUCUCUACGACCUGGACCUUGACGACAACCUCGAAAAGACCCUCGCGCAGCUCAACGUCGGCGUCGGUAGUGCGCUGUCGAUUGUCGAUGAGGACGCGCAGAACGUCACUGUCCAGCUACUUCUGCAGCAGGGCACCGAGGCCAAGGUGCACUGGCCCCACGGCACGCCCGUCGCGGUGCGCCCGCGGCGUGCCCUGCCCAAGCCCGCCUCCGACUCCGAGUCGGAGGUCGAGGCGGUGGACGCGGCGGCGGCGGUCGCGCCUGCAGCGCCGAAGCGCACCAAGCGCCCGGCGGACGCCGAGGCCAACGGCCCAGCCAAGCGCCACGCGCCCGCCGGUCAGUCGGAGGAGGCUGCGAUUGUACUUGAAUAG